AUGGCGGAUAGUGAAGCAGUGCCAGUCCAGUCAACCAAUGCCGACGCAUCAUCUCAACCAACACAGGAAAUACCAGCUACAUUAUCAGAUCCUAAACCACAAUCAACAAAGGGAUCACGAUCAAGUUUAACGACCAAAGUCAAGAAAGACGGGACAAAGUCGAAUUCUUCGUCCCGUAUUGACCUCGCAUCUACAAAAUUUACUUCGAAUUUAUCUAAAUCCAAGGACAAAGUCGGCAGUAAAUCACGAAAUGGAUCAACAAACAAACUCGCAUCUUCAAGAAGCACCUCAAUGAACAAGUUAGCUCCAAAAUCUAAAUCCGGAUCGAAAGCAUCGAAACUGGAUUUGUCUGUUGAUGCUACUUCAACUGAACCUGAACCGUCUCAACCAACAUCAGCAGUUGACCACAUUGCUGAAGCUACAUACAUACCUCUAGCAAAAGAAGAAGAAGAAUCUGUGGAACGACCUGAUACUCUACGAAUGGCCAAAAGCAUAACUGAUUUGCUGGCGCUAGACGGUCUAGAACCAGAAGAUGUUGUGGACGAUGUUGAAUCAGACGAGCCCAUCCACAACGGAGGAGAGGAUGGGGAAGCAGACCCAGAAUACGAGCCAUCUUCUGCCAAAGUGCUUCAAGAUAUUAUGAACUCGCCGGUACCAACCAACACGCUGCCCAUAGACGCCGUAACAUUCACCCACGCGGACCCGAGUGCGGACCCAGAAGACAUGUUUGGUGGUACAUUGUCUCUAGGCCCUUCUGCAUUAUCGCAAUCCGCACUUGAUGACGACGAGUUUGAAAACACCCAAGAAGAAGAUAUGAUACCACCGUCGACUCCUACGAUCUACGCCGAGAAGAAUGAGGAUGCUGACGACUCCGACGAUGGCGAUGACAUGAAUCAGGAGCCGGAUCCCGCUGAUUUACAAGAUCGUGAUGAGUUGAUUGAGGGGAUUCGGGAGGCUUUGGAGACUCGUGAGAAGCUACGACAUGUUAAUUUUGGAUUGCAAGCUAAACUUGCCGAGUAUUUCAGACGUAAACGAGCCGAGGAAGUUCGAGAAACUGACAAGUCUGGAACAGACCAAGAGCAGCGAUACAACCAAUGUGUCACCUCCAUAUCGGAUCUGACCGAAAAACGAGAAACACACAGUAUCGCACACGCCAAAACCGUUACAGACCUUUCUGCAAGAUUAUCCACUUUGAAAACCGAAUCCGACUCCAAGAGCACAGAAUUCACGUCCUACAAACGUCGCAUCGCCAAAGAGUCCGAGAAUUCUAGAACAGGACAGCCAAUACCAUUUAAAGCCAUUGAUUCAAUUGAAAUUUUAGAAUCUCGCAAAGAUGCGGAAGUUUCUGCUGUACAAUUGGAACAUAUACGGUUGAAGAAUCGAUUGAAGAGAUGUGAAUUAGCUCUCAAGCAGCGUGAAGAGCUGGCUGAUGGGCUACAUCUGAUUGAUUUUGAACAGCUGAAGAUUGAAAACCAAGCGUAUAAUGAGAAGAUUGAAGAGAGAAAUGAGGAACUACUGAAAUUACGCAAGAAGAUAACAACUGUGGUCCAAAUCCUAACCCAUGUUCGAGAGAAGCUUCAAUUUGUGCAAACCGAGAACGAAGUACUCAAGAAGCAGAUGUUGGCAAUUGAUGCUCAAGUUUCUGACGGACGGGAUGCUCUCCCUGCCGCAAAAAGGAAGCGCGAUAGUCUGAAAGCUGCUGGUCUUGAUUUGAAGACUAGAAAUGGUUUGCUCGGUAGUAAAGACUUGUUAAGAGACCACGAGAGUAAAGUGGAUGCCACUGAAAAGAUCAGCUUCAAGCUCGAGAUGCUUAAGUCUCAUCAUGAGAGUUUACGUGCCGAGCAACAGAAAUUGAAAAGAGACAUUGCCAAGACCCAAAUACUUCAACAAGCCGUUAAAGCACCUGCCUGA